CUUCAGUAGAUGUUCUAUUUUCAAACUACUUUUCAGAAUGUUUCCUUUGAGGCAACUGGCCAGGCAUGCUACCAGGGUUUUGCCAGCAUGCCGGCCUAUGUCAGCGUCAGCCGGGCCGAUGGUGGAUGUGGCUGACGAUGGGGGUAUCGCUGUGAUGACACUACAGCGGGCGCCGGUCAACAGCCUCAACCUUGACCUACUGCAAGCCAUGAGCAAAGCACUCGAUGAUGUGGCUAAAAACAAACCCAAAGGCAUGAUUUUGACUUCAGCAUCUCCAACUGUAUUUUCAGCAGGUCUGGACAUCAUGGAGAUGUACAAACCUGAUCUGAAGAGGGCGGAGCAAUUUUGGACAACCCUCCAAGAAGUAUGGAUUAAGCUCUUCGGUUUCAAAUUUGCCACCGCUGCAGCUAUUAAUGGUCACGCUCCGGCAGGUGGUUGUCUCUUAGCCAUGUCCUGCGAAUACCGUGCCAUGGUCGGCGGCAAGUACACCAUAGGCCUCAACGAGACUGCCCUGGGCAUUGUGGCUCCGCUCUGGUUCAUGGAUACCAUGUGCCACACCAUUAGGACAAGGGAUGCUGAGUUGGCUCUUACAACUGCUAAGCUGUUUACCGUAGAUGAAGCUUUGAAGGUUGGUCUAAUUGACGAAACAGCUUCAGAUAAAGCCGAUGCCAUAGACAAAUGCAAGAAGUUCAUAAAGAAGUUCGACAGGAUCCCACCACUGGCCCGCACUAUGACUAAGCUCAAAAUCAGGCAAGGACCGCUGUCUCACAUGCAGAAGAUCAGACAGGCAGACACACAGGAGUUCCUGGCUUUCCUGCAGAACCCUCAGGUGCAGCAGGCGCUGGAAAUGUACAUCCAGAGCUUGAAGGCGAAGGCCAAGUAAAUAUUUAAACAAAUUUAUACAUAAAAAAUC